AAGGGUUAAACUCGAAACCGGUUUAGCUGCCGCUUCUUCGUUACAAGAUUCUCGAGCUUAGGUGAAAAACCAGAAACAAAGAGCAAAAAAGCUGAGACUUUAUUUUUUCUUAAAAACAAAAGAGAUGGCACAGCCAAGCAAAGAGCCUUGCAAGAAAGAAGCUUGCGAUAUUCAAACUUGUCUUUCGAAGAACAACUUCCUCCCUAAAAGGUGCCAAAAAGUAAUUGAGCUGCUCCAAUCUUGCUGUGAGAAAUGCAACUAUGAAUCCACUCAUUGUGCUUCAGUGUCUGCUCUCCUAAAGCAAAUAGCCAAAUGAAAGACAACAUGACUUUCCAUGCUCAAUUCAUGCCAUUCCCUUUGAAAUACACAUUUAUAUAUCACUCAAUGUAACCUUGUAUUAGAUUUGAUGUUGUUUGGUACUGACCAUAUUCUAUAAUAUAUAUAGAUUUGAGUUUUUAA